AUUCGUACAAAAUUUUCGUGGAUGGAUUUCCAGGCAACAUCUCCACUUUUGAUGGUUUCGGUGGAGGAAGAAACUUGGUUUGUGAGCUUGAACGGCGAAAAAACGGUACCAAAGUUGAAAAACAGUCAAAAAGAUAUGUGUAUUGGUUCCUCUCAUGGAUGGCUCAUCCUCUUGGACGAAAGCUCAGAGCCAUAUCUUCUAAACCCUUUCAAUCAAUCCCGAAUCCAACUCCCCAAGAAAUUUACUUUUCCUCACAUUAAUAGGGUGACGAGUGAAUGUUGGCGCGGUGGUGAAUGUAUAUGGGUGUCAUACACCUCUGGUUUUACCAGACGGUUUGGCCCCACGGAAUAUAAAUGGCCCGUGCUUUCCAUCAAGAAAGCUAUACUGUCAGCAAAUCCCAGUACCCACGAAGAUUUUGUAGUUGCGGUUAUAUACGGAAACGAAUCAAGAAUUGCCUACUGUAGGAAUGGAGACGAUGAGUGGCGUGAAAUUCAGGACGGGGAUUCUUACGCAUACUUUGAUAUUGCAUGUCCCGAUGGUGAUUUACUAUAUGCAUUGGGAAAAAAUGGAACAGUUGAAGUCUGGGAUUUGACUGCUUCUUCUAUCCCCCUCAAGAAAAAGGAUAGAACUACUCAGCCGUCGUGUCCAAAAAGGUUUAUAGAUGCCAUGAUAAUAAACUAUCCGGGACGCCUUUAUGCCAGAAAGUUUUACUUAGUCCCCUGCGCCAAAUCUGGACAGAUCUUCCUGGUUGUGAGGUACGUUGGGAAGUUUGUGACCAGUGAUGGUAUAGUUGUUUCCCAUCCUUCAAUGGUCUGGCCUUAUAAAACAAUCGACUUUCACGUUUAUCGCCUGGAUACAACCACUUCAGCUUGGAAGACAGUGAAAUCAUUGGAUAAUCUUGCGUUGUUUCUGGGAGGGAACCAUUCUGUUUCCAUGUUGGUCUCGGAUCAUUCAGACCUCAAGGCGGAUGCUAUUUACUUCACAGACAAUUACUGGGCACGAAUGUACGGGCAUUAUUUGUAUGGAGCCCAUGACAUGGGAGUUUUCAGCCUGGAAGAUGAAACAAUACAUCAAUUUUUGAAUAUCGAUUUGCAGAAGAUUAAACCACCUUCCUUUUGGCUUGUUCCUGAAUCAAGCAAGCUAGUUACCUAAUUUUGUUUUCUUUUCUUUUCUUGUAGUGAGAUCCAAGAUUCUGUUUUUGGGUCAGAGUAGCUAUGGAGUGAUAUGUUCUAUACUAUUAGAACUGAUUUAGUUCGGUUUAGAGAUAGCAAAUAAUUAUGAUAAGGAGCUUUAAUGAUUCUCCUCUCCCUUUUUAUGUUUUAGUUAGUAUUCGUUUCCUUUUUCUA